AUGCCAAAGUACGUUCUCACAGGCGCAGACGGUAACCUUGGCCGAAUCGCUGCCAGCUUCGCCACAGAGAUUGCCAAACCAGGCGAUGAGCUUGUCUUCACCACCUACAAAGAAGAGGCCAUCCCUGCCGACCUUCGCAAGGCGUGGACUGACAAAGGCGCCAAGGUUGAGGUCGCCACUUACGACGACAUCGACAGCCUCAAAGCAGUCUUCCAGGGCGCCGAGGCUGUCUCUUUGAUUUCUACGUGGCUUUUUGGAGAGGGUCGGCGUCGCCAGGCACAAGCCGUUGUCGACGCUGCUAAAGCAUGCGGAGUCAAACGGGUCUGCUAUACUUCGUUUGUCGGUGCGGGCAUCGAGGCCGAGAACGAGGAGGACAUUCCCUUUCUGCCACGAGACCACCACUUCAUCGAGAAGAUCAUCUAUGCAUCUGGCUUAGACUACAACAUCCAGCGUAACUACCUCUACGCAGAUAACAUCCCAACUCUCUUCGCCCAAUCCUGGAAAUUCUGCGGCGAUCGUUGGCUUGUCAACACCCAUGGCCAAGCGGGCGCCUACGUCGCACGUGAGGACUGCGGCAACGUCCUCGCUGCUCUUCUCCUCGGCCGAGGCGAGCCCAACAAAGUCUACGAGAUUAGCGGUCCAGAGGCUGUGACCAACGAGGAGGUUUUCAAGUGGAUGUGCGAACAGAGUGGCUACAAGGGAGAGAUUAUCGAUCUUCCAGACGAGGAGCUGAAGAAUUGGUGGUUGGACCACGGGCUGCCGACGGAUUUCUUUGGCGAUUUUUCAAAGCUGCCCAUGAAGUUGUGUAUUGGUGACCUUUUGUGCUGUGGAGAGAUGGUUGCGAGGGGGUUUAUGGCUAAGACGACUGAUAGUGUUGAGAAGCUGACAGGGCAGAAACCAAAGCCAUAUAAGGAGGCUUUGUUACAGUACAAGGGGUUGUUUCCAAAGGCAUAA